AUGCGAUGCGAGCAGGUAUAUAUAGAUUAUCCUUCCUCUCUUUCUGCCGUGCUCUGUCCUCCCCCUGCACAACGAACCUUCCCCCGUUCCCCUCGUCCUUCCAGAUCCGAUCGAAGCCUCCCCCCAUUCCCCUCGUCCCCUCGGUCGCCGGCCGACCGCAACCCGGAUCGCCGCGCCGACGGGCUUUGCCUCCCUCCGGUCCGAAACUCCGGUCGCGGCAACGACACGCGUUCGUCCGAGGCAUCUGCUUCAGCGACUCUCCGGCACACGGAGACUGCCACACUUGGAGGGCGCGGCGGACACGCGCAUCGGGGGGUGGAUGCACAAGGGGAUCAGCGGCGGCCAGCGUCGGCGGGUCAGUAUCUGCAUGGAGAUCCUCACCCGACCGGCGCUGCUGUUCCUGGACGAGCCCACCAGCGGCCACCCGCCGCCGCCGCCGCAGCAGCAGCCGCCUGCCUCGAGCCGCCGUUGCCAUGGGGAUUACCCUCUCUCUCUCGCCCUUCCGUAUGUUGA